CAUUGCAAUGAAUGGAGACGCUGGCAAAGCAGGCCUCUCCAACGGCAGCAGCCGGGCCAAGGAGCUGCUGCCUCCCUCCGAGGAGAAGAUGGAGGAGAGGGGCCAGUGGAGCAACAAGGUGGAGUUUAUCCUGUCGGUAGCUGGCUCCAUCAUCGGCCUGGGCAACAUGUGGCGCUUCCCUUACCUCUGCUACAAGAACGGAGGAGGUGCCUUCCUCAUCCCCUACCUGAUCUUCCUGUUCACCUGUGGCGUUCCCGUCUUCUUCCUGGAGACGGCUCUGGGACAGUACACCAGCCAGGGAGGCAUUACCUGCUGGAGGAAAAUCAGCCCUUUGUUUGAAGGUCUAGGUUAUGGCACCCAGGUGAUAGUGAUGCUACUGAACUUCUACUACAUCAUUGUUCUGGCUUGGGGGAUUUUCUACCUGUCGUUCUCCUUCUCCUGGGACCUGGCCUGGUCGUCCUGCAACAACACAUGGAACACAGAAAAUUGCGUAGAGUUUCAGAGGAGAAACAACUCUGUGAACUACACAGUCAACCUGAAUGCAACCUCACCUGUCAUCGAGUUCUGGGAGAGAAGAGCGCUGAGGAUUUCCCCUGGCUUAGACCACAUGGGCUCUCUGAACUGGGACCUGGCCCUGUGUCUGCUCAUCGCCUGGGUCAUGUGCUACUUCUGCAUCUGGAAGGGGGUCAAAUCCACAGGAAAGGUGGUCUACUUCACAGCCACCUUCCCAUACCUGAUGCUGAUUGUGCUGCUGAUUAGAGGGCUCACCCUGCCAGGUGCGGGGAUAGGCAUCCAGUUUUACCUUUACCCCGACCUGGGACGUCUGUCAGACCCACAGGUGUGGAUGGAUGCCGGCACUCAGAUCUUCUUCUCCUACGCCAUCUGUUUGGGGUCUCUCACUGCCCUGGGCAGCUAUAACAAAUACAACAAUAACUGCUACAGAGACUGCCUGUCGCUGUGCUUCCUGAACAGCGGGACCAGUUUUGUUGCGGGCUUUGCCAUCUUCUCCAUCCUGGGUUUUAUGUCCUAUGAGCAAAACGUCCCAAUUUCAGAGGUAGCAGAAUCUGGUCCUGGCCUGGCCUUCAUAGCCUACCCCCGUGCUGUGAGCAUGAUGCCCUUCUCCCCUCUGUGGGCGGCCCUCUUUUUCAUCAUGAUCGUUUUCCUGGGGCUGGACAGCCAGUUUGUGUGUGUAGAGAGCCUGGUGACGGCGAUAGUCGACAUGUACCCCGCUGUGUUCCGCCGUAAAAACCGCAGGGAGCUCUUCCUGUUAGCUGUGGUCCUCUUGUCCUUCUUUAUGGGCCUCAUCAUGCUGAUGGAGGGCGGCAUGUAUGUCUUCCAGCUCUUUGAUUACUACGCUGCCAGUGGCAUGUGUCUUUUGUUCAUGUCCAUCUUUGAGACAGUCUGCAUUGCAUGGGUCUAUGGUGCAGAUCGCUUUUAUGAUAACAUUGAGGACAUGAUUGGCUACCGCCCAGGACCUUACAUCAAGUACUGUUGGUUGUUCUUCACCCCAGCCACAUGCAUCGGUACCUUUGCCUUCUCCCUGAUCAAGUACACUCCUCUGAAGUAUAACAACGAGUAUGUGUACCCAUGGUGGGGCUACUUCAUCGGCUGGCUGCUGGCUCUCUCCUCCAUGGUCUGCAUCCCCCUCUGGAUGAUCUACAAGAUCAGCACCACACAGGGGACACUCAGAGAGCGCAUCCAGCUGCUGAUCAGGCCCUCCGAUGACUUACCCAAAACCAAGAGGGAGCAGGAGAGGUUACUGGCCAUCUUUGCCCCUGAGGGCGACGCCGCAGUGAAUGAGAAUGGAUACUUUCCUGUCUCAGAGAAGGACUCCAACCUAUGAGGCCCCAGAGAUGAGGAAACUGACACGAGUUUGGGUUUAGCUCCAAAUUAAUUGUCAAUCGACUGUGACUCGAUGCAGCCUUGCCUCCUUCCAGAAAACAUCACUGCAGGAAAAGGUCCACCAAACUGUCGAGAUCCUCUCCUCAAAUGCAUUUGUUUUAUUGUGGAGGAAACAAGAGACAAU